UAAAUUUUAACAAUAAAUGCCAGUAAGAACAAGAUCUAUCAGAAAUAAGACCGCUAGAUCUACCAAGUCUACUAAAAUCAAUAUCAUUGGUUCAAUUAUGAACAGAAAGAAUACCUCUCAGAAUUCAUCAAAAACUCGUUACAGAGAGUGGGUGAGACAGAAAUACUACAAUCCUGAGAUCAAGGUGGUCCAGGAGAUCGCUCCUAGGUCCUUUGCUGACAUGUGCAAGGGGUAUACUCCUUCUGAACAAAAGAAGUACUUCAGUGCCAUACAUAAAUACAAAAAUUUCACUGUGAAGGUCUUGAAGGACUACUUGUCCAGAAAUGGUCAGCCAAACGUUGGCGAUAAAGAAUACCUCAUAAGGAAAUGCGCCGAUGGGGCUGCCUUUGGAGCCAUCCCAGAGUGCCCAGUGUGCUCCAACUCUGUCCUCUAUUACAGCAUGUGGACUGGCUUUUACUACUGCAUUGCUGAUAAGAAGGAAUGCAAGGCAAAGUUCACUAAGAAGGAGAUCAAAAGAAACAGAUGGUAUGCUCCGAAAGCAGAAUAA